UCGCAUCGAUACACGAGGGCAAGGGGAGAAAGUACCACACAGCUAAUGAGAUCUGUUUUCUCCAAUUUUAAACAUGGGGAAGCAGAAAACAAAGAAGUUUGCGGCGAUGAAGAGAAUGAUUAAUCUGAAAGAUCAAAGAAUAAAAGAGAAAGACCGUGCUAAAGCAAAAGAGAAAAAGAAGAAAGAUCCAUCUGAGCUUAAGGAGAGAGAAGUACCAAAGCACCCAUCAUGCAUGUUCUUCCAGUACAACACUCAGCUUGGUCCACCAUACCACAUUCUAGUCGACACCAAUUUCAUCAACUUCUCCAUCAAGGCCAAACUGGACAUUGUUCAGUCUAUGAUGGACUGCCUGUAUGCAAAAUGUAUCCCACAUAUCACUGACUGCGUGAUGGCUGAGAUUGAAAAGCUUGGAAUGAAGUACAGAGUUGCACUCAGGAUAGCCAAGGAUCCGAGGUUUGAGCGCCUGCCAUGCACACACAAGGGAACGUAUGCCGAUGACUGUUUAGUCCAAAGGGUAACGCAGCACAAGUGUUACAUCCUGGCUACUGUGGACAGAGAUCUAAAGAGAAGGGUCAGGAAGAUCCCCGGGGUGCCCAUCAUGUACAUCUCAAACCACAGGUACAAUAUUGAACGGAUGCCUGAUGACUAUGGUGCCCCAAGGUUUUAAUAUUUCUACAACUGAGCCAGAACUGUAAAUAGACCUGUUUCCCGUUUAAUAUUGCUUUUCUUUAUAUACAAACUAUUGUGAGGGUUUGAAGUUUGAUUUGGUGAGGAUGGGGUGUGAUUUAACUGCAAAAUACUUUUUAAGUUUUGUGGUUCUUACAAAACAUUUUGUUACAAGAAUAAAUUAAUUGUUGCAAUGCA